CAGCAGUUGGCAGGCAGAAAGUAGCACAUCGUAGAAGACCCCCAAAGAUAGAAAAAAGGGCAAACUCAAAACAACCAUUUCCCCUUCACUCUCUCUCUCUGACUCAGCUAAAACUCUUUGCUAGCCCAGUGGACUGGAGCAGAGCAAGACAGGGAAAGAUGAUUCAGCCGUUGUACAUCGCAAUUUUUUCCGAGAUGGGAGUGAUUUUAACUCUGAUAUUCAGAAAUCCGUUAAGAAAGUUCGUGAUCAUGGGUUUGGAUCGAGUCAAGCGAGGGAGGGGACCCGUCGUCGUCAAGACUGUUGCUGGGACAAUCGUAGUUCUUCUCUUGUCUAAUGUUUACUCUAUUGGGAAUAUGCAGAACCGUAAGAUGGAAGCCGGCGCUCUUAAUCCAACUGAGGAGGUUCUCAUGGCCAUGCAAUUGCUCCAAGCCUCUCUUCUGGGCUUCUUGCUAUUCCUCGCAUUGAUGAUAGACAGGUUACACCAUUACAUUAGAGAACUUCGUUUACUCAGGAAGGCAAUGGAGGCUGCUAAGAAACAAAACCGAAGUUUUGAAGAUGGAAAAAAUGGAGAGGGCAAAGGUCUGGGAGAAGAGGUUGAGACUUUGAGGAGUAAGGUCAAAAGGCUAGAAUCUGAAUAUGAGGCUAAAGUAAAGGAGGCAGAGGCUGCGGAAGCCAAGGCAGAGGCUCUCAGAAAACAAUCUGAAGGGUCACUUCUACAGUACGAUCACUUGCUUGAGGAUAAUCAAAGCCUGCGGAACCAGUUGGAUUCAAUAGACCAAACUUCGUCACCAUCUGAUGGCAAGAAGAAUAUGUAAGGCAGUAAUCAUCUGGUGCAAAUUUCCCUUCUUUUAAAUGCCUGUGAAGGUUGUUCUAGACUUGGGUUUAGAAAGAGUGGAGAUCUAGAGAGGAGGUGGUGGUCGGUGGUGUUUAAAAUAACAUCUCAUCCAGUUUAGAAAGCAGGGAAAUAUUCAGCUUGUGUAUGUUGUUGGUUUAUAUAAAAACUUUUGAAAACUAUCAUAUGUUACACCAUAUGGUUAAACUUGAUUUCCAUUGGAGUGUAACAUUCCCUGUGCAGCUGUGCUGUCGAGUUCCAGAAUCUGUUUUUAAUUUAUAGUUGUAAUAUUUGAAAUAUCUGAGAUCCUUGCUUGUACUAA